AUGGCCCCUACCACCGAUAUCGCGACUCGUGCCUGUGUCGUGAGCCUCAAGUUACCCUGCGUAGGCAAAUCGACCAAUGAAGUAGCUGAAAUAAUGGGACUUUCAACUCGUCAAGUCAAUCGAAUUUACAGCCGCGCGAUUGAGAGAGGGUUUGACCCCAAUGCUCGACCGCUGAUAUUUCGUGAUAAAUAUUUCGAAGAUGCUCCUCGAUCUGGGCGUCCUCCUAAGCAAACUGAAACAGCCCAGGAAGCAGUAGUUGGCAAGUCUGAUAGUAAUCAAGAAAACGGCUGUUCUACGGAUCCUUGCCGUAGCGGAACAUCGCAAGACCAAACCGAUGAGGAAGCCUGGAUUGACGAAGAAGAUGAGAAGUAA